UUAACGGCACAUGACCAUAACACAUGUGUUUAUUGACUUUAUAAUCUAGAGAGGAGAGUUAAAAUUGGGUACUUUUUACAAACGUUCGUAAAAACUUUUCAAAUGAUUGCUACGAUGUCAUUUUGGCUAAAAAGAUGAAAAUAUGACGAGAAGUGGUUCAUAUCAAGUAACAAAUUAAUUGAAGUUGACUCAAAAACAAUUAGCUCUCUAUCAUUGCAUUUUUUGAAACUAAAAUAUAUCGAAUAAACAUUUUUCAAGCAAAUGUAUCAUUAAAUUUCGUUUGUAUUGACAAGCUCAGCCUAACUGUUAAUUUGAAGAUACUCAUCACAAAUUCGUGUGAUAUUUAUAAAUUGACAAUGCAAGAUAAUGGUAUGUUUGAGGCCACAUUCAAUUCAUCUGUUGAAUUUGAUAUUAAAUUAAAACGAAAAAAUGGGGAGAUAUACGUAUUUAGUGGAGGAAAUCAUAAAAUACCAGAAAAAUAUGUUUUGUGUGAAAUAAAUGGUGAGCCUUUUCACGCGGCAGAGUAUUCAAGCAUUGAAGAUUUACAAAAACAAGUGAUUAAAAGCAAAGAUGUGUAUCCAUUAACAUUGAAGUUCAAUAAAAAUUAUGGCCUCCAGAAAUGUGCAUCACAGCACAGUCUGAAGCUGCCAGUUCCAGAUGAUUUCUUUGGCGACUAUCUCGACCUCACUUCUGAAGAAGCUGAACAAUAUAAGAAGCUUGCAGAAUCUUGGGUGGAUGGUCUUAUGGAAGCUGAAUAUUCAACUGAGGGAUAUUCUUACGUAUGCACAAAAGAUAAUGUUGAAAUUUAUCAAGGAAAAGUACCAGGGAGUAAGAUCCAUCUCAUUCGCGGAAAAUCAAAGAUUCGAGCUACGAAAGAAGAAAUGAAAGCAAUGAUGAUAUCGUCGUCUACCGACUCUUUCCGACGAUUGUUUCACGUGAUAGACGUGCAUUUUUACGAUGGUGUGUUGAUGCAUCUCAUUCCUAAAGAUUAUAAACAUCCUGAUGUUCCUUUCUACUCCAUAAAAUGGGGUGUAUUUGGUCAGGCUGGACCAGUCAGUUUACGAGAUGUUUGUUGGCUUGAGUAUGGAGAUAUUAGGGUAGACGAGAAUGGCAAGGAAUAUGGUUUUGGUGUGGGAUCGUCUAUUAAACGACCCGAAUGCCCAGAAUUGAGUCAUUUAAAUUUGGUUCGUGCUGAAAUGCUCUGCUCAGGCUACGUAUUCCGACAGAGUGAUCAACCCGAUAUACUUGAUGUGACCUACAUAAUACAAGCAGAUCCUAAAGGUUGGCUCCCAAUCUGGGCUAUUAAUCUGUUUGCCUGGCAAGAAGCUUUAAACUUAGCCAGAAUAAGAUCGAGUUGCGAGGGUAUUAUGAAAGCAAUGAAAAAAAUUGAUCGUCUUCACGACAGGCAAGGAGCUGCAGUACAAGGUGUACUCGUACCUCGCAGUCAAUUUUACGAUGUUCACAUCAAUGUCGAUGUAUGUGGUUCUUUGAUAUUUGGUUUUUGCUCUGAGAAAAAUAAUAUAAGUUUUCAUUUGCUUGGUGUGCCAGACGACAAUAAUUGGGCUGUUAACAAACGCUAUGAUUGUAAUCUGAAUCCUGUUUAUGGAAAAGUUUCCGUGACGAAAGGAAAAUAUGCUCUACAUUUGGAUAACACAUUUAGUUGGUUGACAUCCAAAAUGGUUUAUUAUUGGUACGAAGUAAUUGUGUAACUGACCAAUUUCCAGUCAUGUAGGCUGUAGCUGGGAAAAAUACUUCUUUUUUAACAUAACUCGUCGAUAUGCCAAUAAGUUUUUUUUUACGUUUUUUUUCUAUAAGACCUUUUUAUGUAAAAGACUUUAUAAAAAUGAGGUCGCCAAACGAUCAAAGAGAUUUACUAAGACAGCUUUGAAAUACGGAUUCUCUAAACAUAACUACCUCGAGUUCAAAAAAUACUGAUUCUCUAAACUUAACAUCGAGUUCAAAAAAGCGA